GCCCGGCGGGCGAACUCAGCCAGUCUCACUCGCUCGAUUAGUCAGUACACUUCGGCUCGUCUUUUUCCUUUUUCGCUCUCGAUUUUCAUUUCAAAUAAAGGUCAAAUUCAAAUUGAAAAUUUGCUAUUGCUAUAAAUUAAUAUCUAUAUUUCGAAGCAGUUUUUCAUGAGUGAUUAAAGUUCAGCCACACCAACAUGAAGCGCAUUACAGCUCGCCGAAACCAUGGCAGUCGAUCGCACCACCUCCACCUCUACCGAUCUUCCUAUCAGCCCGCCAGCAACAAGCCAAAGGUCCCCCAAAUUGCCACCGCUCAGCAGCAGCAGCAACAGCAGUCAUUCCUGGCUCAGACCGGCUUCGGAGGUCCAGCCGACAGCCUGCCAGCUGGAGCUGGUACCGGUGCCAGAGUUGGCGUUGGCCUGAUGACCAUUCCCAGCUAUGCGGACCAGAUGCAUUCCGCCUUCUUGGAUUACCAGCACCAGAGGGUGGAGUUUGAGCAGCAGCAGAACCAGCUGCUGCAGAAGCUUUACCAACAGUAUCCCGAUGUCUCCGGGGCUCAGAUACGUGCCCAGGGGCAGAAAGAGCAACAGCAGCAGCCACCUCAACAGAAGCAGCACCCGUCAGAGUGUCUGCAGGCUGCCAAUGGCUUCGUCUACCAACGUCAACAAUUUGGCAUCAAUGGCCUGCAACCCGGAGGGCCACCCAAACCCACUGGAGGAUCCAUGCCGUUACGCUUUAUGAGGGGAGCUGGUGACUUCUAUUCGACGCAACAGCACAUGGGAUUCAUGCAGCAGCAGCAACAGGAAGUGCUCCAUGACCAGCAGCAGUUGGUGGCGCAACAGUUUGCCACCAGCCAGUUGGCGCCCACCACCAGGCAAAGCUAUGGCAUGGCAGUGCCCAUGUCCUCGGUGCUCAGUGCCCCCAGCUUCCCGGAGCCGUUGGAUAUCAACCAAGUGAACUUCACAGGCGGCAAUCUCGGCUUAUUGUAAAGGACUUUGUAGAUUAGUUUCGUGAUUUUGGAGUUCUACGAUUUGAUCUGGCUAUUGUUAUUUUUGCGAAAAAUAUUUGUGGUAUCGACAAGUGGUUAUAUAAUGCGGUAAUAAAGUGUGCGACCGAUA